UUCGCUGUGGCCCCGUGCAAGGCCUGCCGCAGGCAUGGAGGUCCGAGGCGAGUCCCCCGCCAACCCGAGCUGUUCGUCGUCCACCCGGGACUGCUCAGGAGUCUCCGUGUCCAAGGAGCUGCUGACGGCAGGGAGCUACGGCCGCGGAGGUAUAUGGGAUAGAUUGCUCAUCAACUCCAAGCCUAAUCCCAGAAAGACGUCCACUCUUCAAACAGUUCGGAUAGAGAGGAGUCCCUUAUUGGAGCAAGUCCAGAGCUUUCUCCCGCAGAUGGCCCAGGCAAAUGAAAAGCUAAGAAAAGAAAUGGCAGCUGCACCACCUGGUCGUUUCAACAUUGAAAAUAUUGAUGGGACUCUGGGAAAAGUUAUACAAAUGGAUGUGGCCUUGUUUGAGAUGAAUCCGUUGGAUUCGAAGGAAGAGGACCAUUCGGGAGAGAGUUCGGGCGACAGUUCUGGGGAGAGUUCCUCCUCCGAGGGCGAGGAUGACAGCGGGCCUUGUGAAGUCACUGAAGAUAACAUUAAGCUUCCUAAUUCAGCAGAUGGAAAAGGCAAGAUUGAAGUUUUGGACAGUCCAGCAAGUAAAAAAAAGAAAUAGUGAAAUAAAUGAUGGGAAAAGAAACAGCUGAUAGAAGCCUGCAACAUCUGUGAAAAAGAAUGUGGGUCGCCGGCUGGUUUGGAUUCCAGAUAUCUACAGUGCUUGUGCAUUUUAUUCAUAUGGACAGAGUUUGCGCCAAGAACAGUUCGUGGGCAGAGAACUCCUUUCUGCAGCGUGGCCUGCGGCCCGGGGAAGUGAAGUGCAGACAUAACGUGAUCGGUUAGCCCUAGGUUCUUGCCUUAUUUGGUCAACGAUGUCAUCAGUUGGCUGCCUGUGAUUGGCCAGAGCUCAGCUGUUUGUCUGAAACCCAGCUCUUAGAAGAAUGUAGUCCUAAAGAAGGUGUAGGUGCUGAAGUAGUUGUGGUUUGUCACAUAGGGUCUCAAAGAAUGGGGACAGCCUCAGGCUGAUGGCCUCCUGUGUAUUUGAUGUCACGUACGUGUACGUGUUACCAAGUAUAUUUUGCUUCUCAGAGAACUCAAAGCUGACUCUGCAAGAGUUGAAAUAUAAUAGCAUUUGGGUUUCUUCCAGUGGUAGACUGAUUGUUGAUCCUGUCCUAAAGAGACACUGUGUUUAGAAAGCUUAACUGUGUGUGGUGACAAGUGCAUCUGUUGGCCUCUUUGUUCUUCAGCAUGGAGUUCAGAAAUACCGAAGUUAUUUUAAGGUAAAAAAACAAAUCACCAGUUUGUUUUUGUUUGAAAUUAUCCUUUUGGAUAAAAGAACCUAGUUUUUUAAGGUUAUUAUAAAGUCUAAUUUAUUUGUCACUAUCAAAAUGAGUUUAGUCAGAGAAGGUUUUUUAAGAGGAAAAAUGUUUUCACAAAUAAAUGAAUGACUUAUAUUUAGCCAUCCUCAGACAUAUCUAUCUUCCUUUCAAAAAAACAUUCCUUUCUUGUUUGAGCAGGAAAACUGACUCUCUGUGGUGUCAUCACAGCGGGUGACACAAAGCUCGGAGAGUUUACUGGCGGGGAAAAGUAGCUUUCUGUGUGUUUGCUUUCCAUAAAAUAAAGCUUUUUGGCUCAGCUGUUAAAACUGUUCCACACAGUUGCCCACAGUGUGACACCUCUCAAAUGUAGAAAAUAGAGACACCACAGGGAGAGCAGGAAGGCACAGUACAGGGAAAGGCAGUACUGCUUCCCCCUGCAGAACUCAGAAUGGUCCUGGCCAGCAUGGUCUGUCUGCCUCCUGGUUGAUCUUACUAAAGUUGGGAUCUCAGCUGCCAUGGGCCUGACUUCUGCCCAGGAAAGAGACCUGAGAAUGUCCAGCCGGUCUCUUACUCCGCAGAGCUGGAGGGACUUUGUCUCCCACUGUUUUUGGUUUCCAUGGAAUCCUGUUCUUUCCCACUCCUCGCAUUAGCCGCUGUGUGUUGUAAAAACGCUGAAGCGAACUCUCAAGGCCCUUCAUGAUCUUUCUUUUUGGAAAUUGGAGCCGGCUUUCUGGACCGUGCCUCAGAGCCUCGCUGCAAGUCUGAAGAAACAGGUGGUCUGGAAACAGGACUUCUCAGCUGGGAGGGCGUACUACACUUCCUAGUGCCAAACACACUUGGGAUGAGUUGGUGGUGUAACGACAUUCCAAGACUGUUCUGUGCUGGAUAUCACACUACGCUGUGUGAAGAGCUGAUUGUCUGUUUCAUUACGUAGCGUGCUUCCUGGGGCACACUAUGCACUGUAUAAUGGCAAUGAAGGAGUGAGUGAGUAUUUGAGGGUAUGCAGAACAUUUUAGGCCAUGGAAUACUGCUCCAGGUAGGGGAAUAUGAAGGUGGGAACUUCACAGAAAUACUGAAAUACCCAGUAGGAAGAGAGUGACUGAUCAGUGAAAGAGACUAGUCUACUGAAAAAUAGGUACUUUUAUGUCCAACUCUAAUUUUUUUUUUUUUAAAGAUUUGGAUUUUUUUUGACAGAGUUAGUGAGAGAGAGAGACAGAGAGAAAGGUCUUCCCUCAGUUGAUUCACCCUCAAAUGGCUGCUACAGCCGAUCCGAAGCCAGGAGCCAGGUGGUUCCUCCUGGUCUUCCGUGUGGUUGCAGGGCCCAAGCACUUGGGCCAUCCUCCACUGCACUCCCAGGCCGCCGCAGAGAGCUGGACUGGAAGAGGGGCAACCGGGACUAGACCCCAGUGCCCAUGUGGGAUGCCGGUGCUGCAGGUGGAGGAUUAACCAAGUGAGCCAUAGCGCCAGCCCCAACUCUUUCUCUCUUGCUCUGGCUAUCUUAACACAAUUAGACUUCCAUACAAUUAAGGGGGUCAACUAAAUUCAGGCUCUAAGAGAUACGGGAGAAAAAACGACAAACAAAAAUGUAAUAUGAUAAGAUUAUUUCUAGUGUAAAAUGAGUGAAUUGCUCAUAAUGUUAGAAUUGGCUAAUUAUUUCAGACACGAUUGAAUUCUCUUUUCACACCAUGUGUCAAGAAAAGCUACACAUCAUGAAUGAUUUGAAUGUAAAAAUUAAGUUAUGAAGGUUCUGUACUAAAAUAUGGGUUCAUAUUUAAUAUAGUUGGGAAAAAUUUUUUUUAAUUUAUAACAUUAAAGCUCAGAAUCACGAAGGAAAAGAGCAGAAGAUACACAAAAAUAUUAAAAACUAGUGAGUGGAAAGAAAUUUAAAAGGAAAGGGGAAAAUUAUUUGAAAUAUGAUGGAUGAGUGUCAUUAAUACAUAAUGGACUUACAAAUUAAAAAUGAUUCCUAACUCAGUAGUAAAAAGUGAUAGGACAUGGAACAGUAAUUCACAGAAAAAAUAAAGUUCAGCUCCUUUUAGCAGUAAAAUGCAGGUGAAAUCAAAGUUGAAUCCUUUACCUAUCAAACUGAUAAUUGAUGACAAGAGCUAGUCCUUGGGAGUCCUCUCUGUGUGUGUUAGUCACAAUUCUAAGUGUUUCACGUUGAUCAAUUACCACCACUCACACAAACUUUUGACGAGUUUUGUAUUUUUUGUAAAAAGCUGUCUGGUUUGGAAGCAGUUGGCCCUGCGGUCUGGGAAGUAAACCCCACUGAUUUCGGCGGUCUUCCCCUGGCUCAUGCAGACUGAUGCUUGGGGUGAGCUGGCGGCAGCCAUUUGAAACCUGUUCUCUUCUAACAUGGAGCGCCGUCUUUCUAUGGCUGGUGACAGCUGUAGAUGGAGAAAUUAGGUGUCAUGGUCUUCAAAGGAAAAAUUUCAUCCCGAAUGAAUCUCCAUCUGCUUCCGUAAUAUUUUCAUUACACAUCAAAUGUGGUGCCUACUUUGAAACUACCUUGCAGAAUAUUUGUGUCGUUGUGCCUGUACCCACUGCUGUCUAGGGAAGGCAAGAGAAGAGGCAGAGUCCCAUUUUCAUUGUUUUUCCCUCCGUGUCUAGCGUAGUGUCUUUCUGUUGCAAUAUUCAAUAAAUGGUCAUGAAUUUGAUUGCUUUA